AUGGAUGAUGAAAUGAAAGAAUUGUUGACAGAAGAAAGAGCCGCUGACAAAGUUGAUGUUUGUAUUGUUGGUGGUGGACCAGCAGGUCUUGCAACCGCUAUAAAGUUAAAACAAUUAGAACUGGAAAACGAAUCAAGAGAAAUUAGAAUUGUUGUGCUUGAGAAGGCUCCAGAUAUGGGAUCUCAUAUUGUAUCAGGUGCAGUUUUAGAACCAAGAGCUUUAAGAGAACUAUUCCCAGAAAGUGAAUACUAUGAUGAAAAUGGUGAAGGUAUUCCCUUACCAUCAGAUAUUGCCACUCCAGUGACUGAUGAGACUCUUAGAUAUUUAUAUCAUGAUUGGGCUGUCCCAAUGCCAGAGCCUCCACAAAUGAUUAAUAAAGGUAAAAAUUACAUUGUUUCAUUAAGUGAAGUUGUUAAACAUCUUGCUGAAAAGGCUGAAGAAUUAGGAAUUGAAGUUUAUCCAAGCACCGCUGUUUCAGAAGUUUUAUAUGAUAGUACCGGUGCUGUUAAAGGUGUUGCUACUAAAGAUAUGGGUAUUUCAAAAGAUGGUACUCCAAAGGAUUCAUUCGAAAGAGGUAUGGAAUUUCACGCAAGAGUUACUGUCUUUGCUGAAGGUUGUCAUGGCUCAUUAUCUAAAGAAGUUAUCAAUAAGUUCAAUUUAAGAGAAGGUAGAGAUAAUCAAACAUAUGGUCUUGGUAUCAAAGAAGUUUGGGAAGUUGAACCUUCAAAGUUCAAAAAAGGUUUCAUUGGACAUACUAUGGGAUACCCAUUAAGUUAUGAUGUCUAUGGUGGUGGAUUCAUGUACCAUUUUGGUGAUGGUUUAGUCUCUGUUGGUAUUGUUGUUGGAUUAGAUUAUGAAAAUCCAUGGAUUUCCCCAUAUCAAGAAUUUCAAAAAAUGAAACAUCAUCCAUUCUAUUCAGAUGUUUUAGAAGGUGGUAAGUGUAUAUCGUAUGCAGCUAGGGCCUUGAAUGAAGGUGGAUGGCAAAGUGUGCCAAAAUUAAAUUUCCCAGGUGGUGUUCUUGUUGGUGCUUCUGCUGGUUUCAUGAAUGUUCCAAAGAUUAAAGGUACACAUACUGCAAUGAAGACAGGUAUGUUGGCUGCUGAAAACAUUUUUGAAGUUGUUUCCAAAUUGGAGAAAAUCAAAACUGAAGAAGAUGAAGAUUAUGAUCCAGAAAUUCAUGACAAUAUUGAAGAAACACCAAUUAACCUUGAGAGUUAUGAACAAGCCUACAAGAGAUCAUGGGUUUAUGAUGAAUUAUAUGAAGUUCGUAAUAUCAGACCAUCAUUUGGUACUGGAUUGAAGUUAUUUGGUGGUGUUUCAUAUUCAGGUAUUGAUUCAUUAUUCCUAAAGGGGCAAGUAGCUUGGACUUUCCAUCAUCAUAAAUCAGAUGCUCAUAUUACAAGACCUGCCUCAGAAUAUGAAAAAAUUGAAUAUCCUAAACCUGAUGGUAAAAUCUCCUUUGAUAUCUUGACAUCAGUUUCAAGAACAGGUACUUAUCAUGAUGAAAAUGAAAAGAAUCAUCUAAGAGUUCCAGAUCAAGAUCUCGAUAAGCAUAGAGAUAUAAGUUAUCCAAAAUUCAAAGGUGUUGAAAACAGAUUCUGUCCAGCUGGUGUUUAUGAAUAUGUUGAAGAUGAAAAAACUGAACAUGGUGUGAAGUUUCAAAUAAAUUCACAGAACUGUAUUCAUUGUAAGACUUGUGAUAUAAAAGUUCCAACUCAGGAUAUUAAUUGGACAGUUCCUGAAGGUGGUGAUGGUCCAAAAUAUGUAAUGACUUGA